GGUCAUUUCCACUUGAACCAGGUGGUUGACGCCACAUACACUGCAACGAGCGCUUCAUUUCAUCUUCGAACUCGUCCAAGAGCCUGCCAUGAGUUUCCGAACACCCGUGUUUACUGCUGUGGACGUCGUGGUGCGCGAGCAAGACGCACUGGCUGGAUGUCCACAUGUGGCAGAAAUGGUGAGCGACUACUUGGACGCCUCGCACAAGUGGACGAUUGAGAGCGCUGCUUGUGCCGGGUACAUGACGCUGCUUGAGCGACUUGGCAAGAGAGAAUCGCCCGUUUCGCCUCGAGAACUGGAUUGGGCGCUCCGCACUGCAGCCGACCGCGGUGAUCUGAACGUCGUCAAGUGGCUGACCGCUUACCAGCCGGAUAUGGAGUGCUCGACGCGAGUUAUGGACUCGGCCGCUCUACGUGGACACCUCCACAUCAUCAAGUGGCUACAUCAUUACCGGGACGAGGGCUGCACGACGGCGGCUAUGGACAGCGCCGCUGCUUAUGGACGCCUGGAUGUUGUUCAGUGGCUACACGAAAACCGUGACGAGGGCUGCACGACUGCUGCGAUGGACAGCGCGGCAGCUGGAGGACACCUGAAGACCGUGCAGUGGCUUGCGGCCAACCGCAAAGAAGGCUGUACGAGUGUGGCCUCACACUUUGCGCUGCUCAACGGCCAUAUGCCCAUUCUAAGGUGGCUCAAUGAGCAGAACGUGGAGGUGCAAGACUCCGACCAGGAGACGGGGAAGCGGUCGCCGACUUGUUGGUCUCGCAGGGAACGACGCCUGAGUGCCACGCUGCUGGAGGCGCCGAGACGCCGUCCUCGACGUAUGAGCAUGGGACUCUCGUGCCGGAACUGAAUGUGGAGCUGGUUGUACGAUGGAAGUACAGACAAGAUGCGUAUCAUAAGGCUGGAUCGAACAGCUCGUCGUGAGGGUUAGACAGAGUAACUAUCAUCUGCAGAAGUAAUUAAACCAAU